AUGAAGUUCACCAACUCUGUUGCCCUCACCCUGGCCACCGCGGGCUCCCUGGUGGCCGCCCACGGCCACCAGCACCAGCACCGUCACCACCCCAAGCGCAACGCUGAUGCCGACACCGUCGCGGUGCCCGGCCCCGUGGUGUACGACUUUGUCAUCGCCGACGGCGAAAAGCUCGAGGCUGUCUCUCUGGAAAAGGCGUGCGACGGUUUGCGCGACAAGGAGUUCAAGUGGGCUGAUGAGCCCGUCUGGGCCGCUUGCUCGACCAGCACCAGCACCACCACCACUACCACGUCGACUCCCACCCCGACCCCGACUCCUGCUGUGCUCCAGGAGACCUCGGCGGAAAUCACCCCGACGACCACCACGACGACCACCACCACCACCACCGCUCGCCCGGCUCCCACCGCUACCUCGAGCGCCACUGGCCUUGAUGCGGACUUCCCCGAUGGCGAGAUUGACUGCACCGACUUCCCCUCGAACUACGGUGCUAUUCCUCUCGACUACCUGGGCCUGGGUGGCUGGACCGGUAUCCAAUACGCUUCGUGGACCGAUGAGCUGAUCAGCGAUAUCGUCACCGCCGUGGCCGGCGAUGACUGCCACGAGGGUGGUAUGUGCUCGUACGCUUGCCCCCCUGGUUACCAGAAGUCGCAGUGGCCCUCGAAGCAGGGCAGCACUGGCCAGUCCGUCGGCGGUCUGCAGUGCUCGGGUGGCAAGCUGUACCUCACCAACGCCGCGCUGAGCAAGAAGCUUUGCAUGCCCGGUGUCGGCGGUGUCUUUGUCCGCAACGAGAUGAGCAAGCAGGCCGCCGUCUGCCGUACCGACUACCCCGGUACCGAGUCCGAGACCGUCCCGCUGGCGGCCCUCGUUGGUGGUACCCACCCGCUGACCUGCCCCGACGCCAACAACUACUACAAGUGGCAGAACUCGGCCACCUCGGCCCAGUACUACGUCAACCCGGCCGGUGUCUCGACCGAGGCUGGCUGCCAGUGGGGUGACGGCUCCUCGCCCAUUGGCAACUGGGCCCCGAUGAACCUGGGUGUUGGCCAGACCAGCUCCGGCAAGUGGCUGUCCAUGUUCCAGAACACCCCGACCACCAACGUCCCGCUUGACUUCAAGGUCAAGCUGGUCGGUGACGACCUGGGCGCCGAGUGCAAGUAUGAGAACGGGCAAUUCUACCAGAACGGCAGCCCCAUCGACAACGGCUGCACCACCCAGGUCAUGUCCGGUGACGCUACCUACGUUUUCUACGAGUAG